AUGGCUUCCGGACAUGGUAGAUCCGUAGGGUUAGGUGCAGGCAGCACUCGGGGCGGCGCACCAGGUUCUCCACCACGACCUAUGGAGGGGCGAGUAGGGGAUGGACCUGGAGGAGCCGGCGCUUGCUUCAUUGGGGGGUUUCUUUCCGUUGCGGCGCCGACAUCUCGUCAGUCUUUCCGUUACGACGGCCCUCGACCCCCUCCUUCGGGGCAGACGCUGCCAGAGAGUGUCAGUGAGGAGGAGGAUGAGGAUGAGGCGGGUGAGGGCGAGGAGGGUGAGGAGAAUGAGGGGAGCGGGGAUGACAGUGAGGAGGGGUGGGAUCCCGAGAAGCAUGGUGGUGGGGAAGGGAGGGAUGAUGAUGAGGAUCAUGAGAUGGAUGAUUUAGAGCCAGAAGAGGUGCAGGAGGCGGUGGGGGAGGAGGUGGGAGAGGGGGGUGGAGUAGGGGCGGCGACAGAGGCGGGAUCACAGCAUGUGGCUGAAGGUGGAGGGAGCGUGGGGGUUAAGGUGGGAAGAAAGCCCGCGUCCUUGGCGGGUCCGAGGGUUAGGAAGAAGGCCAACAAAGUGAGGGAGCGGGCGUAUCCCGCCACGUUCACUGGGGAGCCCUUGGGGGAUGGUGUGAUCGCUCCGGAGUUCCUAGACGAGGACGGAGGGUCAGAGAGUAGUAAGGGGACUGGCAAGGGGACUAAGAAACCGGGGUGGCAAGUUAUUAUGUUCGGACCGAAAGGGGCAGACGAGAAGCGCCCGUGCAAAAUUUGCACAGACAGGAUUUCGUGGAAGCAAUCCACAACCACACCCGGCGAGCGGCACUUCGCGAGCUUUCACACCGCGCACAUGCACGUGUGGUUUCACCGUUACCACACGCCGUCCAUUCAGUUGCCAGGGGAGACGUUUCCGCGUGGGGGCUACAAGGGUGUGCCGGAUGGCUACGUCGAACGGUGGCCGCAUGCCAAGACUUGGCCGCACCUGGCCAAGCAGAAAGGGAAGGCGUUUGGUGGAGGUCAGGGGUCAGGCGGGAUCGAGCGGUUCAUGACAACCAAGCUGACCUCUGUGGAGCUACGGCAGGCGAUCGCCAAGCUCGUGGUCACCUGCGACCUCCCCUUCCGCAUCGUCGAGGCCGAGGCUUUUCGGGAGCUUUUGAUCCUCCUAAACCACAACUGCGCGCAGAAGAACUUCAUCCCCUCGCGCUGGACGGUUUCCCGCGACACUGUGGUCUAUGCAGCUGCCGCACUCCAGUCAGCCAUUGCGGAGAUGCUGGCGAAGGAGGGGGAGUUGGGGUGCAGGGUGUCGUUCACCAUCGACAUGUGGACGGCACCCAACAACAGGGCAUGGCUAGUGGUGACUGGUCACUGGGUAGACGAGAACUUCCAGCUGCGCACAAUGGUGUUUGAGUUCCGCGAGAUUCACGGGCGGCACACGGGCAAGCAGAUGGCGAGGGUGGUAGAGGAGACGGUGGUGCAUUGGGGGUUGGAGGGGCGCUGUCUUGGUUUCACCUCAGACAACGCCUCUAGCAACGUUGCUGCAUUCAGGUGGAUGUCGGAGGAGGGAGGUGGUCAGUGCUUCUUCAACUCGCGCAUGCACUUCCGGUGCUUGGCACACGUGAUCAACCUUGCAGUGAAGGCAGCUCUCGCAGUGGCUGCCAUCCGCAAGUUGUUGCGGAUUCUGAGAGAGAUGGCGUCGUGGAUUGGCUUCUCUCCGCAGCGCUCAGGGAAGUUCUUGGGCCUUCAGCGGACCCUGAACGCGCAGGCCAACCCCGCCAAACCGAAGCCGGCGUUGAAGCUGGUGCAGGACAGUCCCACGCGCUGGGGGUCGACCCACGACAUGGUCGAGCGAGCUGGGGUUCUGCAGGAACCCAUCACUGUCUUCUUUGCCCAGACAAAGGGACUGUCGAAGGCUGACAAGGCGAAGGUGGAUAGCCUGCGCCUAACGGACGCAGACUGGGAGACUCUGCAUGCUGUCAAGACGUUCCUCAGCCCAUUCGCAAAAGUCUCAAAGGCGGCGGAGGGUCCGGCGUACCCUACAGUGGCGAUGGUGCUGCCGUACUACAACGGCCUGAUCGACGCUAUGGAGUCGCGCCUUGCCAAGGGGCCAUCGGCUACGCUGAAGCCGAUGAUUGAGGCAGCGCUGGGUCUCUUGAAGAAGUAUGAACUGAUGUCCAGCAACGAGUUGUGGAUCGCCACCUUCCUGGACCCUUCCAUGAAGGCGGCGUGGUUCGACGACCCGCACUGGGAGACGCUGCAUCCCGAGACCGACCGGAGGGCGAGGCCGCGUCCCUCGUCAGGCGAGGUGAUCCAGCUGGUACGCGACCGCGUGACCGAGUACCAGGCCCGGGCUGCAGCGCUUGCACCUCGGCCGACCCCACUUGCCACUGUGACGGAGGAGGAGGGGGACGCGGCGGAUGACGACGAAGACGCGCAGUUUCUCCCGAGUCGCCGACGACUAGCGGCGCGUCUGUCAGCGAGCCAGGAGGCGGGGAGGGGUGGGAUGGUGCAGGAUGACGAGGUUAGCAGGUACUUAUCUGAGAGGGUGCGGUGCGACGUGUCAGCGCUGGAGUAUUGGCGCACCGCCACCAACAUGCAGACGCUGAGGCGCAUGGCCCGGGAUUAUCUCGCCAUCCCUGCCACGUCCGCUUCGAGCGAGCGCGUGUUCUCCCUCGGCCGCAACCUCAUUUCCUGGAAGCGGCACCGCCUGGCCUCUCAGAGGACGCGAGCUGUCAUGAUUCUCAAAUCAUGGUACAGUUCACACCCUGGACAGAGGAUAGGCGAGGGCCGCCGUGCAAAGGGCGUCGCACCGCCAGAGUUCGCCAUUGAAGGCGAGGGGGAGGAGGAGGACGACGAGGAGGAGGAGGAGGGGGAGGAGGAGUGGGAGGAGGAGCAUGAGGGGGUGGGUGCUGGCGACACCGCUGGCGGGGAGCAGGCUGUUGUUGCUUCCAAGAGAAAGGCACAGGGGCAGGAUUGCAUCCGACUUCCCUCUGAUCCAUGUGGCCUCCUGGGCGCGGGAUUGGAACCACAUCAUCCACCCUGGCUUUACUCUGAUUGUCCCCCGGACCCCCUCCCCUCCCCUCUGCCUUCUAGCUUCCGAGACAAGGGCACAGGAGCAAGACUGGCCGAUUCCGACCUGCCUCUGAUUCUCUUUGGCCUCCUGGGCGCCGGAGUGGGGACCACAUCGUCCACGCUGGCAUUUGCCGUCCACAUGCUGACUCAGCACCCGGACGUUUCACGGAAGCUUCAGGCUGAAAUCGACAGGUCUUUAUUUAAAGGCUUAGAAGUGCUUAAGUAUCUUGAUAUGGUUGUAAAAGAAACACUUAGGCUGUACCCUGCUGCCCCUAUAGCUGCCCGGCUGCCCGUCCAUGCAACGACUCUGGCUGGUUACCACAUCCCUGCGAAUACACCCGUUGUGGUCCCGAUUUUCGCUGCCCACCGCUGCCCGGAUUUCUUCCCCCGGCCGCUUUCUUUUCUGCCCGAACGUUUCGGUCAGCGGGCAGCAGGUGAGAAGGGAGUUGGGUGGAAGGAGGGAGGGAGGGAAGAGGAGGCAGAAGGGCAAGUGGGGGAAGGAUGGGGCGAGGAGGGUGCAGAAUCGAUCAAGAGUGAAGAGAGAGGAGAAGGAAAGGAACACGAGGAGGUGCUGUGGACGGCCGAGUCAGAAGCCAUGUAUUUGCCUUUCGGUGCCGGUCCCCGCAUGUGCAUCGGGGCACGAUUCGCAAUGAUGGAAAUCAAGCUCUGCCUUGCGCUGCUGCUGCGGGUAUUUGACAUCACAUCAGUAUCUGACACCCCAUAUGCUUCCAGACGUCUCAACGCAAGUGAGACUGACGCUGAAGAAAGGGGAAGGAAACGGGGAGGGAGUGAGGAUGCGGAGGAGGGAAGCAAAUGGGGCAGUGCGAGCAGCAAGACAAGGGUGGAUAGCAGCAAGUUGCCUUUGGAAUCUGGGUUGAACCUUUGGCCGAAAGACGGCAGAGGAGAGGAGGGCAUCAGACAGAGUGCAAGCAGCAAGACAAGGGAGGAUAGCAGCAAGCUGCCUUUGACCCUAGCACUCCGAGGUACUGCAGGAUGCAGUGCGGUUCUACCACCUGCCUUUGCGGGUCAGGAGGUCCUGGUGGGUGGUAGAACCGCCCACCUGAUGGUGGUGUGGUUGGUGCGCUCUGUGGGGGGCUUUCACCUGCCGCUGCCCGCGCCUGCGCCCGUCGGCUGGGCUGAUGGAAGUGCUGUAUGA